UUAGGAACACUCCUCUGGUUCAAUAGGAAUGAAGGGAAGUAAAUAAACGACACUCACACUAUACUAAAGAAUUUCGUUUCGUUUGUACAAAACAAAAGCUAGCACCGUUCUGCGGCGGUCCCCUCCGUCAUCGUCUUUACAGAGCUUCCCCGGUGACCACAAUCGCCAUUCGCCGCCGCAGACGACGGCGCUCAUGGCUCAGCCGCCGUUCGAUCCGUUCUACCUUUACCAACAUGAUGAGCAGAGCAACAUCAACACGCUAUUUGUCUCCGGUCUACCAGACGACGUGAAGGCGCGUGAGAUUCACAACCUCUUCCGCCGCCGCCCCGGCUUCGACUCCUGCCAACUCAAGUACACCGGCCGCGCCAACCAGGUCGUAGCGUUUGCCACGUUUUUCAACCACCAAUCGGCAAUGGCAGCGUUGCACGCCUUGAAUGGUGUGAAAUUUGAUCCUCAAACUGGAUCUGUUUUACAUAUUGAACUUGCCAGGUCAAACUCUAGGAGGAAGCGUAAACCAGGUAGUGGAGCCUACGUGGUUAUAGAUAAAAGGUCCAAAGGAGAGCCUGAUCUUCAGGGAUCAUCAAGUGAGGACGGUGACAGCGACCCUGAUGAACCAUCAGACAGUGGCGACAACCAGGGUGAUUUAGCAAUCAUGACAAGUGAUGAAACGGCUGUUGGUUCUGACAAUGCUGUAUCUGUGGAGCAACAUGGAAAGGGCAGUACUGGAGGACUGUGUUCCACUCUCUUUAUCGCAAAUCUUGGUCCAAAUUGCACUGAAGAUGAAUUGAAGCAGGCUUUUUCUGCAUAUACUGGAUUCAACAUGGUCAAAAUGCGUUCCAGAGGAGGAAUGCCUGUUGCAUUUGUUGAUUUUGAGGAAACUCACCAAGCUGCUAAAGUCAUGGAGGAGCUUCAGGGAAGCUUGCUGCCGUCAUCAGAUCGGGGUGGCAUGCAUAUAGAAUAUGCAAGGUCUAAAAUGAGGAAGCGUUAGGAGAAACGGGAGCUAGACAGUUUCUGGAUAAUUUGGUUGUUCGAUACUGAGUAGUCGCAAGUCACAACUUGUAGGGAAAGAUUGGGAAUGUGGCCAAUCUUGCAAAGUGAUUACUGUAUAUGUUGUUUUGGUUAUGCCUAUAAGGCUAGAACCAUGAACUAUGUUGGGAGUUAAAAAAAUUCAGAAGGUUACAAAAUGUUUGCCCCUAUCGGUAGUAAAACUUCCCUGCGUAUAUUUUUAUGGUAAAUGAUAACCACAUCAGUAGUAAAGCUUUUUAAGGGCAAAUUACACUUA